CCUGAGGCUUCGCUCAGUCUCAGUUGUGACUGAGCAGGAAGCGGCGGAGCUUCCGUGGAGGAGCCGACGACCAGAGCCGAGAUCCAGAGCUGAAGCUGGACUGUUUCAAACUCACCCACCGAACCGAACCACCCACUGCGGAAGAACUAACUCCUCAGGACGGGUUCAGCCCUCCAGGUGCUGAGGAAGCUGCAGAAGAGCCAGCUGUGUCAAGACUCGGUGGUGACGUUGAGAGGAUGUCCAGCCAGUUGGCCUUUUCUUUGUGAAUGGAGUAGAGGUGACCUGUGACAAUGCGCUGCCUGGCUGCUCGGGUUAACUAUAAGACCCUCAUUGUCAUCUGCGCCCUCUUCACACUCAUCACUGUGUUGCUGUGGAACCGAUGCUCCAGUGACACCUCGGUGCGCUUCCUUCCCCGGGCCGCCCUAGUGGCUCCAAGUCCCAGGGUGGGGGACGCCAGCAUCAGCAGCCAACAACACCCUCCCCAACCUCCAGAGCCCCCGCCUGUUGUUGGGGGUGUCAGCGGCAUCAAGUAUGAAGAAAUCGACUGCCUGAUCAACGAUGACUCAACGAUCAAAGGGCGCCGUGAAGGUGGAGAGAUCUACCUGCCCUUCACUUGGAUGGAAAAAUACUUUGAGGUGUACGGAAAAGUUGUGCAGUAUGAUGGAUACGACCGUUUUGAGUUCCAGCACAGCUACUCAAAGGUUUACACGCAGCGUGAGCCCUACCACCCCGAUGGAGUCUUCAUGUCUUUUGAGGGAUACAACGUGGAGGUCCGUGACCGCGUCAAGUGUAUUAGUGGAGUGGAAGGCGUGCCUCUCUCCACUCAGUGGGGCCCUCAGGGCUACUUCUACGCCAUCCAGAUUGCCCAGUACGGUUUGAGCCAUUACAGCAAAAACCUGACUGAGCGCCCCCCCCACGUGGAGGUCUACGACACAGCCGAGGAGAGAGACAGCCGGGCCAGCACAGCACCCUGGAGCGUGCCAAAAGGUUGUGCUCUCAGCCGUGUCCACGACAAGACCCGGGCUACCUCCGUGCGUCAGUUCAGUGCCCCAGAGUCGUCAGAAGGCGUCUCCCUCCAGCUGGGAAACUCCAAAGACUUUAUCCUCAGCCUGGACGUCAAGUUUAUCUCCAACGGCAGCGUGUCCGUGACCCUGGAAACCACAGAGAAGGGCCCGCCCUUCACCAUUCGCUAUGUGACCAACUCGCAGCUCAUCGCCUUCAAAGAUCACGAGAUCACCUACGGAAUCGGGCCGCGAACCGCUUGGAGCACUCUGACCCGCGACCUGCUCACCGACCUUAGGAAGGGCGUCGGCUUGUCCAACACCAAGGCUGUGAAGGCCACUAAGAUCAUGCCCAGACGAGUGGUGCGCUUAGUUCUACAUGGACGCGGCUUUGUGGACAACGUCACCAUCUCCACCACUGCCCACAUGGCCGCCUUCUUUGCUGCCAGCGACUGGCUGGUGCGCAACCAAGACGAACGAGGCGGGUGGCCCAUCAUGGUCACUCGCAAACUGGGCGAAGGCUUCCGCCCUCUGGAGCCCGGCUGGUACUCGGCCAUGGCUCAGGGCCAGGCCAUGUCCACCUUAGUGAGAGCCUACCUCCUCACCAAGGACCAGGUUUACCUCAACGCUGCCCUCAAGGCAGUCGGACCCUACAAGGUGCCUUCAGCGCAGCACGGGGUCAAAGCUGUGUUCAUGAACAAAUACGACUGGUAUGAGGAGUACCCCACCACACCCAGCUCCUUUGUCCUGAACGGCUUCAUCUACUCCCUGCUGGGACUCUACGACUUGACUGAGACAGCCGGAGAGAAGGUUGGCAGGGAAGCGGGGCAGCUGUUCAGCCGCGGCAUGGAGUCGCUGAAGGCCAUGCUGCCGCUCUUUGACACAGGGUCGGGCAGCAUCUAUGACCUGCGACACUUCAUGUUGGGCACCGCGCCCAACCUGGCGCGGUGGGACUAUCACACCACGCACAUUAACCAGCUGCAGCUGCUGGCAUCCAUAGACAAUGCUCCCAUCUUCAAAGAUGUGGUCAAGCGCUGGAAAAACUACUUAAAAGGGAUUCGUGCCAAGCACAACUAGGCAAACUGUUAUCCACAAAUAUGAUCCAGCUGAAGUGACGUGUGUGUGUGUGUGUGUGUGUGUGUGUGUGUGUGUGUGUGUGUGUGUGUGUGUGUGUGUNGUGUGUGUGUGUGUGUGUGUGUGUGUGUGUGUGUGUGUGUGUGUUACUGGUUGAGGUUCAAAGUGUAACAGAUGAGUUUAAUCAGCUGCAGCUCACAACUCUAAAAGUUUCUCAUAUCUUCUGCAGGUUUUAUAUUUUCUGCCGACUGUAGCUCUCUCCCCCUUUUUUCCUCCAGCGAGUGUUUGUAAUUAUGCACAGACCUGGUGUGUGUGUCUGUGUGUGUGUGUGUGUGUGAUAUACAAUAUUAGAGAAAGAUGAAACCCUUCAAAUAGUUUAAAUUGAAUCACAUCUACGGUCUUCGAUAAAUCCAUCACUACUUUUUUACCAUUUCAUCCCAGAGUUGCAAAGAUAAUUGAAAUAGAUAAACUGUAAAUAACAGAAUAUAUGAUAAAUUAUUAGCAGAAUGUUGCCAAAAAAAGAAUGAUAUCAAUAUUUUAAACUUUUGCAUUUUAUUUCUCAAAUGCAUCGUUUUAUCCCGUAACCUUUGGACGUUGUUUGAAGAGGAGUCAAAUGCUUGACGCUUCAGAACCAGUAGCUUCCAGGUCUUUUCUGAAGCACUCUUCUUUAUGAUGCAGAUAAAAAGUGACAAAAGUUUUUUAGGUGAUUAGGUUUUUUUCUUCUUCGUGAGCUGAACUCCUUUUAAGUAUUUGUGUUAAAUCUAAAUUCGACCGUGUGUCUGUUAAAGCACCAUCUUUUAUUUGAAAGGCUCAGCUACCAGAUGCUCUCCUUGGCUCCUACUUUAGACUGUAAAUAUAAAUGGACGACUCAUCCUCAUUUCUACCUUCUAUCUAGAAAUUAACCCAAAAUAUCCCGAAUACAAACGCCAUCUUGCUCAUUUUGUAACCAGAGUCUGUAGAAAUGGAGGAAUGGAGCUGCUACAACAUGAGUGUUCCUGUUACAAUUCAUGAGAUGAAACCACCAAUAAUCAGAAUUAAUCAUUUGUCCUAGUUUGUCACCAUUGCUGUAGUGCUUGUAUCUAUAACAGGAGUUUAAAGACAACGUGUGCUGUUGCCGCCAUUCUCAGCUGUAACCAAACCCCCACUUAAGUCUGGCUGGUCACAAAGAAUCAUUAAUAAUUCAUGUGGCGUUGAGGAACACGGCUAAAAGUAAUUAGUUCUGCAUCACUUUGAGUUCAGCUCAGUUUGUAAAGCAUAAGUUUCCCAUCUCAGAGAACCUGGCUGUGAAUCCCAACUCGGUCCAAUCAGUUCUGUGUGUCUGUCAGAUUCAUUUAACUCCUUCACGCACGUGUUCCACCUGUAGAGGUUAGAUUUCUCAUCAUUUCCUCAGAACUAAUGGAUUUGUCCUAUUCGCACAAGGAAGUACGGAUGGAAAUGAGUCAGCAGUUCGGAUGAAUGGAGAUCAGUGUGUCUGAUGCACAAGACAAAUUCUAAUGGAAAAUCUGACUGAGAUCAGUUUUAUCUGAAGCUCCUUCAUCAAGUCGUUAUUUAUUUUCAUAUCAGUUUACUCAAACUGUUAAAUGGCAAAAAAUGAACUGAACUCCUGAAAAUGUCCAGAAGGUCUGAACCUAAUUUUCCAGAGUUUGUCGUUGACAUAUGAAGAAGCAGCAGGAGAUUGUCUGGGUCAGAACAUUCAGACGAUGCAGGAGUCAGAAUGUUCCGACGUAAAUUCAUCAGUGGAAAUCAGGUGUUUUUGUUUACAGCGCAUCAUCACUGGCGUCUUGAUGUUCACCGACAGCUCUUACUCUCGUCUUUCCAGGUGAAAUUUAGUUGUCUACGUUUUCUACGUUUCUUUCAUCCUGAGAUAUUUACAUGAUUUUUGAGUUUCGUGUUCGUUGCCCGGUAGAAUCGUCAUCUAAACGCCCACUCGCUUGCUGAGAGUUUUCCUGACAUCCCCCCCCCCCCCCCAGAUAAUUUCAGGAAUGUGUCUGAAAGCAGCUUUACAGUCGUCUGCGGAGCACUUCCUCUAAAACUGAACUGCAGGUGAAGCGUAAACAUCUGUGUUGUGUAUCAGAGCAGAUGAGGAGGUGAACAGCAGAGGCGCAGCUGCAUCUCACAACCAUGUCAGCUUUUAACGUUUAAAUCGACAAAGCCAGGAGAAGUGUAGCCGGAGGGGAAUUCUUUAUAAACACAAAGAGGCUCUCGUUUCUCUCUCUCUCUCUCUCUCUCUCUCUCCCUCUCUCCCUCUCUCUCUCUCGGCUGUUGCGGGUGCAUGAACUCAGCGUUUUUAAUCUGAGCGCUGCCCUGUUGACCGCUGUUCGAGGAGAAACUGACUCGCCCAGACACCAACAAUUCACCCUGCUAAUAGGCUGGAGAGGCGGCCGGGCGGCGAGGUCGCUCGUCAGGGAUGAGUCAGCAUCCACCGGCAUCACAUUUUACAAACAAAACGGAGUGGAGCCCUCGGCUUCAAUGAGGCUUUCAUCGAUCUGCUCUAAAGAUUAUUAAUGAGAAGCAGGAGAAUGUGGCGCCGUCGUUUGUCUGAAAGUGGUGAUGGUGAAUUUUCUUUGGUUGUUUUCAUAAAACUGGUGGAAGAUAAACGCAUUUUCCCGCAGAGUGUGAUUUCAGGUGGUCGUGGUGUGAGAGAUGAAGGAAAAGCUUGUGAUUCAUUUCGAUGAAAAAUGUUGGUUCCUGACACAUUGAGCUUUUUUUCAGUUUGUCUUUGCUCUUGUGUGUUUUAUGGUUUUUGUGAAUGUAAAAGUUCUGCAAAAGUUAAAAAGCCCAAAGGAAGUUUACAGUGAAGCUACUGAACUUCACAUGAGAACACGAUGUCCAAUAUUCUCACAUGUGCUGGAAGUGGUUGACCAAUCACAACAGAGGGGGUCAGCUGGCCAAUCAGAGUAGACUGAGGUUUAUCGGGAGGGGGGUCUUAAAGAGACAGGAGCUAAGACCAAGUGUUUCAGACGGAGACUGAAAAGAGGAGCUGCAGAAAUGGACGGUUUGAGAGCAUUACAGCUUUUAAACCUUUUCAAGUAAUAAUAAUAAUAAUUCAACAUCUUGUUUUCAGUGUUAGAAUCAGUAAUCUGAGAUUCUUUUUUCUUUGUCAACACUAAAACAAACAUUGAAUUCAGAGGUUUAUAUAGUGGACGCAAACAGUGACAUUAACACUUUUAUUCCAGAGUGGAUGUGUGUGUGUGUGUGUGUGCACAUUUUGGUAAUGUGCAGUUUUUAUUUUGUUCAUUUGGUGGUGGCAUUUUUUUUUCCCAUGAACACUUGCAUUAUUGAUUCUUUGUCAUUUAAAGGGAACUGUCAGGAACUGAUGUUUUCUCUGUUUUGGUUAUACCAAAGUCAUUGAUUUAAGUACAUUGGAAUUUGUAUAUUUCUGUGCAAACUCAUUUCCACUUAGUAUUUAAUGAUGCGUCUCCUCGGAGAUGUCGUGGAGUGAGACACUGCCUUUUGAGACAUGCUGGUUUUUCAAAUGUAGGUUAAAUAGAUUAUAGCAAAAACAACUUGCUUGUAAAACUCGCUCAUGGUAAACGGGGGAUGUGUGCAACUAGAGAUUAGCAUUUAGUCAGCUACUGUUUAAAAGGGAAAUGAGCCAAUAGCUGCAAAUUAUCCUUGAAAGCUUUUGCUGAUUUUACUUUUUUUUUUCUCAGUUUGUUUGUUUAUUUUUUCAAAUCAUUUGCAUUUGAUUCUUUUCUAGACAAAAGCACAACUGCCGUGUAUAAUCACUUUAUUUUUCUUUUUUUAGGACAAUGUGCAUCGCCUUCAUUAAGAAAGCUGCUAUGAUUGUUCACUGUAUAAUGGAGAUGAGAACUUCCUUUUCCUCGUUCUUGGUGGUAUUUUUUUUCCCCGUCUUUCCACUAUCCAUUAAAAAGACGUCAACAUAUGGCCGCUGAGGUCACAUGUGAUUUAUGCAAUAAAAUGUUUACUGGGGUCGUUACACCACAGGAGACCCAGAGCAGUUGUAUAGACUUUGCAAUCUAAGCACAAUGUGCAAAAGCUACCGUUUUUUAGCCACAGGAAGAGACGUGUUUAUAUACAGAGUAAAUCUUUGUGCUAUAAAAGUUGCUUUUUAAAAGGUGUAAAAAAUAAAAGCAUUUUUCUUAAA